ACGGCGCGCGUCGCCUUGGGAGAGUCUGGGUACCGCCAUCAUGUCGACGGCUAUGAACUUCGGGUCCAAGAGCUUCCAGCCGCGUCCCCCGGACAAGGGUAGCUUCCCUCUCGAUCACUUCGGUGAAUGUAAAAGCUUUAAAGAGAAGUUCAUGAAGUGUCUCCGGGACAAUAAUUUUGAAAAUACUUUGUGCAGAAAUGAAUCAAAAGAAUAUCUAGAGUGCAGGAUGGAGAGGGAACCCAGUCUGGCAGAGGCCUUGUCUGAAGACAGGUUGACAAAAAGCAAUCCAUUCUGGGCCUGUUUUCAAUUUUUCCUUAACAAACUCAGACGUUCCCCUCCAGGCAAGCUCCGCUGUGCUUCUUGGACCCCAGGCAGCUGAUGGCACAGGAACCCCUGGAAAAGCUGGGCUUUGGAGAUCUGAUUGAUGGAAAAUCAGACAAAAACUGAGCUGUGCUGGGAGGAAGCCCGAGGCUGUGUGGGGUCGCUCGGACUCCUCUGCCCCCACAGCGUGCUCAUAGGUACCGUGGCUCAGAAGGGGACUGUGGGGGUGCCCGCGAGAUGCUGCUUGGGACCACGCCAGACGCCCUCCCUGGGGACGUGCCUUGAGGCCAGGAAACGGCUCCUCUUCUGCAGCUUCUGAAAGGAUUUUGGAAAAGUGGUAUCCCUUUAGAUUCCUGUUUCCCUCAGGCUUGUGAAGGUUUAUCCUGAGUUCGUGUGGGUGACAGGGCUCCCGGGGAGGUGAGGUGUCAGGUGCCCACCCAGGGCACCGUGGGCGCCAGUGAGGUGCCGGGUUCACGUCGUCAGCUAUGUGUGUCCUUUCUGCGCUGGUAGUGUUCAGCAUAAACGUUACAUGGAAGUUACGUAGACAUUGUCAGGAAAACGUUCUUAGCAAGUGGGUUGCUCUUUGUACUCAUAAGCCUAUACUCUGUUUCCUUUUCUUUUUUUUUUUUUUUU